AGAACCCAAACCAGAGUAGAGGAUUUAUGUAGAUCGCCUGGACGAUAUCUUAGUGUAUAAGAUUUUUCUUUUACGCGUGGAUUAUCACGAUUAAGGAGACUUCUGUGUAGUGCAUCGACGAUGUCGGUGAAUAUGGACGAACUAAGGCAUCAAGUCAUGAUCAACCAGUUUGUUUUGACCGCUGGUUGUGCCGCUGACCAGGCAAAGCAGCUCCUUCAGGCGGCUCACUGGCAAUUCGAGACAGCAUUAAGCUCCUUCUUCCAAGAGGCCAAUGUUCCCAGUCAUCACCACCAGAUGAUGUGCACCCCACGCAACACCCCAGCCACUCCGCCUAACUUUCCAGAUGCCAUCACCAUGUUCUCCAAGCUGCGGGCCUCGGAAUGCAGCAGCAGUAAUGCUGGAGGUCCCGUGCCUGGUUCCAUGGCGUGCUCCCCACCUCCCCCAUCCAGUUUUGGCUCCUUCUGGGCCUCCUCUCCACCCAGCCAUCAGCCCAGCUGGUUGCCCCCCUCGUCCCCCACCAGCCACCACCUGCAUCACCACCACCUGCAACAGACGCCCAUGUGGCCCCCGGUGUCCCAGCCGGGCAAAGCCCAGCAAACAGCUGUUGUAUCUGGACUGCACGGCCAGAGAUGAGACUAAACCACGGGAGGGGA